UUGCGCUGGCUUACUGCCCACUGUACCGGUGUGCGUAGUCGCUCGCGGUCGCAGUCGUAGAUGUCUGUCUGGUCCCGCCGUCGGUAUUUAAAGUGAUAAUAAUAUUGAUAUAAUAUACAGCCCGGAGCGAACGACUAUACGACGUCAAUGCUACGCCCACGCGUGAUAAUAUCAUAACACCGUUCUCGAAUAUAUUAAUUUCAUCGGUAAGAUACUUGAUCUCGCGGCGGUGACGAUGGCCGUACUCGGCGUUUACCUGGCCAAGCUGACGAUUUUCGUCGGCUGCGCGCAGUGCGUCCUGUUCUCCGACGGACAGUCCGCCGGCGGCCCGGACGUUGCCGGAGGCGGCCGCGUCGGAGGCAGUGUCGGCGACGGCGGUGGAGGUAGCGAAGAAGUCCUCGACGACGACCACCUGCACGACCUGCACACCCUGACGGUCAGCGCGGCGGUCAAAAGCUGCUUGGCUGGAGCCGACCCGUUCCUGCCGUGUAUCAACGAGCAGGCCAUGGCCGCCAUCGAACAGACGGAAUCCAGGGACUCGGUGCUUUUGGACUCGGGACUGGAGAUUUCCAGACGUCCCGGCACAGAGUCUUUCGCCGCUCCCCGAGGAGUCUAUUCGUUAGGCGAUAACCCGUACAACGUCGGCGCGGUCAUUGAAGCUGCGUCCUCGUUGCUUUCCAGGCGAACGUUUUGUUGGGACAUGAGUCUCUUGUAUCCCGGGCUGCAAAUGCGAAUCGGUCCCACGUACACCGGCAGAGGAAUAAUCGAUUUUAUCGUGGACCCACGACGUAAAUUUGACGACAGGAGCUUGGGUUAUGGACACAUGAUAUUCAAAAGGUCAUUGUUACCAAACGUGUUGGCUACGCAAAUAAGUAUCGCUUCCGUUAUUCCGAUCAUCUUCGCGGCGAUAUAUUUUCUGACAAAAAAAGCGUUCAUAUUGUCAAAGAUUGCGUUGGUUGUCACCAGUGUGGUGGGCUACGGAUCGUUGUUUCUACACCACAGCAGCAAGCCCUUUGCCGGUCACUCGUUCGGUGGCCAUCAACCGUUUGACGGCCAAAAUCUGUUUGGCGGCUCAUAUCAUAGUCCCGUUGGCGGUCAUCAUCAUCAUCAAUAUCAUCAUCCGAUCGGUGGCCAUCACAACGCAUUCGUCGGCGACAUCAGAGGUGAAAAGUUUUACGGGAACUCAAACGGAUUUCAACAGAUUUCCUCGUCCAAACCGUCGUCGCUGUUCCGGGGAGUCAAUUACUUCCCCCAAGAUGACGAUCAUAUCACCAAGUACACGGAAUCGGUAGACAGGAACAAAAAAGAAACGCAAUAAAUGUACCCGAGCACUAUUGUGUUGACAUAAUGUUAUUAUGCAUAAUAUAUUAUGCUAAACACACAAAAAAAAAUGUUCGCUAUUAAAUGCACAUAAAAUCACGGUUAAACACUUAAGCACAAUUUGACUUCAGUCAUUUUGGUAAAUAUUGUAUAGCAAAUAUUUUCGUAACACUAUUAUAAUAGAAAAUAUAUAACAUUGA